AUGCGUAUAGACCUCCCAACCGGCUUAAUCACCUUCACCAACAACACCACCUUCCACCACGACCUCAUCAUCGGCGCCGACGGCAUCGGCUCCACCACCCGCAAGAUAAUCGGCCUGAACCCCGAAAAGCGCCCCGCAGAAUCCAGUUGCCUGCACGCCAACGUCAUGCGUAAAGACAUCCAACGCCUCGGCCUACAAGACUACUCCCUCAACAGCGCGCUAGAAUACUGGGGCGGCCAAGAAGGCAAGUGGGACAAGAUCGUCCUCUCGCCUUGUAACGGCGGCGAACUCCUGUCUUACUACUGCUUCUUCCCCCGCGAGAAAGGCGACUAUGCGAAUCAGACGUGGGGUGGUGCCGAUUUGCCUGUCGAGGAACUGCUUGCGCCGUAUCCUGAGCUGGAUGAGAAGGUCAAGGCGCAUCUUGCUAUUGGGAUUGAAGUGAGGCCGUGGCGGCUUUGGGUUCAUCAGCCUUAUCCGUAUGUUGUUAAGGGGUGUAUUGCUUUGAUUGGGGAUGCUGCUCAUCCGGUAAGAGACUUACUAUACCUCCAUCAUGCCCAUUCUUGA